UAAGUCUAACAGCAUAUACUGUUGAUGGACAUCUGUUGUUGACACAAAAAAAGAUUUAUUUUGAUCAGACACUGGGAAUGGCUGCUCAGGCCCUGCUGCUUCAUGUUCAUGUCUCAACAGAUAUUGUGAGAAAACUAACUUUUAAUCCCACGCCCAGAAUCAGUGGAUGAGCUAAAGGACAUUAUAAAAGAAAAGUUCAAGCUUGACUGGGAUUUUAGCUUAUCGUAUGAAGACCCAGACUUUGACGGGCAGCUUUGUUCACUUGUAGAUAUUGAGGAGCUUCCUCAGAAAGCGGUUGUAAAACUUGUAAGACCAGAGAAUGAUGACAUGCCAUGACUCCUGACAGGGUUGAACAAUGGCCUCAGGAUUUCCCUAUUCCCACUUUUUCCUAUGAGGUAGAACUUGUACUUGUUGAGGGGAAUAUUGCCUAUGAGCGAACAGGAAAGGUUCUCAAGUUGUCUAGGGGACAAAAGCAUGACAUUCUUGAAACUCUCGCAGCUAAAAUGCAUAGUUUCAAAGCAUACCCCAGUGAUCGUGAAGUAUCAGUGGUAGCCGAAGCUCUCAUCACCAAGCAUCCUUGUCUAAAGGAGCCUGGAUCACAGACGGGUUGGUAUGGGUGGAAAAAUAGCCUUAAAUUUCAGAUGGGCAGCUUUCGUGCUAAGUUUAGUCGGGCUGGAUUUCAAGAGGUAGCUGUGAAUUCAGGGAAGAGAAGUAGAAAUGACCCAGACCAGCAAUCGCCACACAAUAAUAUAAAAAGACCUAAAAGGGCAGAAGUUAAUUUUCUGCCAAAUUUCCCAAGGGGUGAAGAUGCUGUUAGCCUUGAUCAGCUAAGACUACAGAUGGUGGAUGAAGUCAAAAAAGUGAAAAGAAUCACACCCUGAUUACAAAGCUGAUGCAUACUACCUUUGCCCUGCGACGCAAAGAGAUCAUCAGCGAUGACCUACCAGUAGCAGAGAUCCUGGAUUGCUGGCCUGCUCUGAAAAUGGAGUCCCAGAUCUGUGCAGAGUUCCACAGGAUUACAAACCUCAACCUAAAGAACCACUUCUUUGCUGUGUUAGACCAACAUGCCCCAUGGCUCCAGAGCUUAUUUAGAAAGAAAGCUGCUCGCACGGGGAAAGUGUCUGAUGUUCUGUCUCAGCUCUUCAGAACCUAUGAUCUCCAGGAACAAGUUAAUAUCCAUGUUCGACGUGCUGUUGUGCUUCACGGCCUUCCUUCCUAUUUGCACGAAGACACCUCCACCUUCAUCAAAACCUGGGAUAUGACGCACUCCGAUGAACCAGAUAUUAGGGAAGUGCCACUUGGACUCCUCCUAAUCAGAGCCAGUUCCACCGAUGCAACAUUCUUCUGUCCUGAGAAAAUUGCAGUUUUGAUUGAGGGUAACAUAAUCAUUGAUUUCACCACCCUGACUGAUGCAUUUGUAGUAUUAUUUGCACUGACUUAUGCCCUGCAUCUAAACUACCCAAAAUGUUUGGCCAACACAUUUGACUUUAUUCAGAAAGUCUUGAUGGGCCUGGAGGAUGGGAAGUUGAGGCCCAAAGUGCUGAGUCUUAAAAAUGAUCUGUUGGCAGCAGAAUAACAUUAAGGGUUCCUACACAGCCCUGAAAUGCCAGUUAGAGCAACUAUUUCAGCUGACCAUUUUUCAGUCUGGAUAAGUAAAAAAAAAAAAAAAAAAAAGUUGGAAUAGAGAAAAUGUCAUUUGCAGACUCUACGUUUUAUUUCAUUACCUAACUGACAUAAGGCACUAAGAAGUUUUAUAAAAUGGUGUUAUGUAUUUCUAAAGUUUCUAAAUAAGUAGUUUUCUGUGUAAAAUUUUAUUGCACUGUUGGUGACAGCAUGGUUGCACUCUAGAUAUUAAAAAGGUUCCCUAUACUAUUUCAGUGUAUUAGCGUCACUGUAAUUUAAUUCAGUUUUCCUAUCUGAUGAUGCAGGAUUUGAAGUAUUUUUUUUUCUUUUUUAAUAAAAAUAUAUUGUUACUGUUAAAUACUGUUAAAGAUAUUGUGAAAAUUAUUUAUUGCUAACAUUGUAAGCUUUUGCUUAGUGAAUGUUUCGUAACAUUUUCUUCUAACAUCAGAUGGAUUUCUUUGGGCUUGCCAGAUUUUUAUAAUUUUUUUUAAAUGGAAGGGAAUUUCAUUUAUCAUUUAUUAUUGUUGCCCAUCAGUAUUUGUCAAUUCUUAGCGAGGAUUUCAGCCCUUUCCCCCAUUGCACUAGUGUUUUUGAUUGUAUGGAACAAUGUAAAUGUUAAGACAUUUUGUCUU